AGCCGGAGGAACGCCAUGUUUUUGUUUUGGCGUACGCCAUCAUUCCGUAAUUUUUGAUCAAAAUAAUCAGCGGUUUAAAAGCCGUGACCAGCCAAAAAGUGCUAUCAAAAUUGUGAAAUCCACUGAUAACAUUGUUUUGCACCUGUGUGUUGUUCAAUUGUAAGUGUAACGUGCUUGUAUAUAGGUUCUAGCAAAUCGGCAGCAACCUCUAUGAAUAUCCCAUCAUUACAUGGUGCUUCCUCACACAGCUAAAAGAUUGCAAAAGAAAAUCCAAUAAAAAUCUACGACAGUCAGUAGGCAGCGAAGUGGCACUGCGACGAGGAGCCUUCAAUGAGAAAACGUCAAAAAGAAAAGUGAAAUCAAAAUUUUGGGUGCUGCGCGCAUAAUCAGUGCAAGAGGCAACGAAAGAAAAAGACGGUCUACAAUUUCGGCGAGAAAAAUCUUAGUUGCUGUAUUUCUCCGUAUUUGAAGAAUGGCCAAGUACUACGAAAACACGACGACGUACAACUAUUCCUGGGAGCAGGUGACACAGUGCUUCUGGAACCGGUAUCCGAACCCGUUCAGCAUGCACGUACUCUCGGAGGAUACCGUCAGUCGGGAAAUCAAGAAUGGAAAGCUCCACAGCAAGCGCCUGUUGACAAAAACGAAUCGGGUCCCGAAAUGGGGCGAGCGGUUCUUCAAGGCCAAUUCCGUUAACAUUCUUGAGGAAUCGGUUGUCGAUCCGAAGGAACGAGUCCUGGUCACCUACACGAGAAACAUCGGCUUCAACAAGAUCAUGAGUGUCGUCGAAAAAGUUACCUACCGAUCGUCACCAGACAACCCCGCCAAAACCAUCGCAACACGGUCAGCGUGGAUCGACUCGUCGGUGUAUGGUUUCGCUACCGCCAUUCGAGCCUUUGGGUUGGAUCGGUUCAAAAAGAACUGCAUCAAAACGGUAAACGGCUUCAACCACGUCUUGCAGCACAUGUUUCCCGCCCACCCAUCAACGUUGGCCGCUGUCCAUACUCAACACUUAACCAAGGCCCAGAAAAUCAAGGAAGCCGCCAAGCAUGCAUCGGACCAUGUCAAGGCUCAAGCCGAACAGUUUGUGCAGAACAUUUCCGUGAAAGGUUGAACCAAGCCCCCCUAGGGGGGAGGUUCGAAGGCACCGCUUGGAACUUAUCGUCUCAAUGUUCACUUUGCAACUCCCAUCGGACGCUGGAUAGCCGUCCAGUAAGUAUAGCACCUUUUUUGUUCUUCGUGAAAAUCUUUCACAACCAAGGAUAGUAAUUGUAAGUAGUUUAGUGUUUCGUUGCUCCACGGGCAUAUCUCGAACGCUAAUAGCAGCAACAAAGUAUUUGAUCAACUCUCGGGAAUUCCCAGAUGGCCGGGAUGAUAGCUUUUCACCUUUUCUAUUUUAUUUUCUGCUUGAGAGCUACAAAAACACACUUAACGACGAGUAAGGGAAAGAGAUAUUUGAACAGCACCCUUUUUCCGGCUGCGAAACCCGUUCGGACUCAAUCGCAUUCCAACUAAAUGAUUUGGUUGUUGGGAAGUAGCGGCGACGAAAAAAAGGAAGUUGUAAUAAUAGAUUUUCUCCAAACGGAAAAUUAGUUCAUCAUUCCAAUAUCGCAAAUCAACACACGACAUUAUCCAAACAGGUUUACUCUAAUACCUAAUGAAUACAAGCAGAAACGAGCGAGAGAGAUGAAAAAGACACUAACCGACCGCGAAAAGGCAUAGUUAACUAAACUAAUGUAACUCAGUUCAAGAAAAGGAAUGAAUCUAACAAUUUAUCGAUUGAUCGUUUCUGCUUUCGAAAACAUGCUUUCACUUGGCACAUUGAAAUGAAAUUAAGCAAAUACAUACUAGACGGAAAUGGUAGUUGAGGGUUGGUCCUUUUUAAUUAAAUUAAUUGAAACAAUAGAUUUAAGACAUGUAGUAUCAAGCAGUCAAAAGUCCAGAGUAAAUGAAACAAACAGUUAGGCGCGAUUAAGAUGAGAAAAUGUAAUAUUCUGACAAAUCAGAUCGUUACCGAUUAGAUAAUGAAACUGUAUGGAAUGGAAAGUUAAUCUGUAGAUAAGUAAAAUAAAAUUGUACAUUAUGGCAAUGUUUCGAAUUAUGCCAUAGGGCGAGCCAUUGAACGCGGAAAGGAUCGAUUGAUUGUAAAAUUUAAUAUAUUUUAUUUCGUUAUAGAAA